UGAAAUUCCAUUGAAUUUUGUCAGCCACCGACUAACGAAGGGGUACCAUCGCAGUGACACCGAGCAAGGAAAAUGUACAAAAAGUGGUUUUAAUUACCUUUCAAAGCUGUUUAGUAGAACCGUUUUGUGCAACGUUUAAGACUAAAACUGUUUUACCAAAUAAUUUUUGUAUUAUUGAAUUAGAAAAAGAGUUUCAGUUGUUUAAAGCAUUUACUAGUUUACGUGUUUCGCAAGGGCCAUCAACCGUAUCUAAUAAGAGAAGUCUGAAUUUGAUAAUCUUGCACAGUAACAUCGAUUUUGCCCCAAAAACGAAACGUCUAUCAGGAACAAUUGGAUAAAACUGCAGAUAUGUGAUAUUCCGCAUUAUAUCAUCGAAGGGUACAAUUUUCUUUUGCAUAAAAAGUUUUUCGCUCAUCUUCUUAUUCUUCUCAUACCGGGACAACUGCUGCUACCGUGCAUACCUUACAGGCGCAGCCAGACUGCUAUGUAGAGCAACAUAAAUCAUGUCGCGAUAGUACGGAAAAGGGCACGAGAAAAAUCGUUAUUGCACAAUCAUUGUCAUUUUGAAAUUAGUAGCACAAUUUCCGAAGAUGUAGGCGAAGAUUGUGAGCUUGAAUUUCUUAUCGUGUUGCAGUAAAUGCAAUUUGAUAUGUAUUGAAAUUUCGGAUAAAAUUGAAAUUACAAUUAGAGUUGAUUCGACGUAAAUCGAGUUGCAAGUAUGGCCAAGAAAAUCUCAUUUAAAGUGGUGUUCGCCUCGGACGAAGAUUCGGAUUACCCGGCAAGUGAGCUAAACAGUCACAGUCCAACAGUUCACGGAUGGCGAUCGAAUCUGGCUAGUCCGGUAUCACCGAAGGAAAUUGUCCUUCGGUUCUUCAAUCCAGCCCGGAUCGUGCGGAUUCAAGUGUUGGCUCAUCAAUAUUAUAUACCGGAACGCAUUGAGCUGUGGAUUCACUAUUCAAGCAAGAGCGCACCGAGUACUCCAUCCAGCCAAAGCUUCGAAUACAUGGGAUUCGUAGCACUUUCGGAUAACUCGAACACCAACUAUGCGUCUCGUGAAUUGCAAAGCGUCACGGUAGCUCCAAAAGUUGGUUCGCAUUUGAAGCUGCGACUCGGUCCUCCAUACCCAAAUCACUUCAAUAAAGACAACCAAGUCGCUUUGUUGGCAAUCAAUAUUUUAGGCGAAGAACUAUCCCAUGAAGAACUGGCAUCGAUGCAAUCCAACGCGGCAUCACUUAGUAUUACACCGUCAAAUAUUGAUAUGUUGACCAAUGCUUUGCAUUCGAUGUGUGACGAUCUAUCGUACUCAAUGUACGUAGAAGAGAGUAUUUGUGAUGUUGUAAGAAAGAUGGAAGUUUUGAAGCUUCAAGCGGUUCAAGAUGAACGUUUCGAGUAUGCAAGAAAGCUGAAGCUUUGUAUGACGGCCUUACGUACCGCAGGUGAGCGACUCGGUCGAUAUGCGCUGGCUAAACGACAAGCCGUUCAACAGGAAGACUUCAGUACGGCACGGCUUCGCAAAGAGCAGAUUGAAAUGUACAGGAAAGCAGUGUUUGAUCAACUGAAGGUUGAUAUUUUACUUCAGAGUGAUAAAAGUGUAACGAGUAACGAUUCCUGCUCGGAAUUAUACGCAUCUAAACCGACGUUGCCUUCACCGCCCAGCUUACAAGAUGUUGCCAGUGCUUUAUCUGAGAAUACUUUGCCAACUAUGACAGAAGUGACUGUCCAUCAUCACGCGCUUUUGGACGCUGCUGACGCCAUUACCACCAAUUCAACGAAUUCUGUUCCCGGCUGCAGCGCAUCUGUGGGCAAAGCACAAGAUACUACGGCUGGAAAGCUGCAACACACACUGGGUAGGCCAGAAGACAUUCCGAAUUCACCACUGUUGAGUCAUAAAGGACGUAGCCCCAUGCGGUCUCCUACCAAUACGGGUUCUCUACGUCGACGCAAUAAAAGUGCUCCACGCAACAGUUACGAGGACUACGAUGAGCGAGCCAUUUCUACUCUGGCCUCCCAUACGAACGAUUUCCUAAGAGAGUGUCAAGGAACGGCAAUGAUUGAAAGUGAUUCCGGUAAGUUGCGUUCGAAGCUAAACGAUCGGGAAAAGAGACAAGCUGCUUUGCCUAUUUUAAUUUUCGGAAUGGAACUGGUUGAGUUGAUCUAUUCGCGACAGUUUACCGACCGAGAGGAAGGACUUGUGCGAUUGAGAGGUAUUCUGAAGCAUGACGGUGAGGAGGUUCUAUCGGUUGGACCUAACAAGAUCUGCCGAAGUGCGACAUUGUUGUUACACCGUGGAGUUCGUGAUGCGGUAUUCUCCGUGUUCAGCCAAGCAACGGAGACUGUGCGGAUGCUAUUUACAGAUUUUGUGCCAAACCGGGUAUCACAAAGUGAAGUAGGUCGAUCGGUAGAUCGACUUCUUCCUGAACUGUUAUCAAAAAGUGGUGAUCCUUCCGCGAGAGUCCACACUUUGGCCCAGCAUACGAUUUUGAGCAUCGCAGCUUGUCAGGAAGUCAGGGAUCAACAUUUGAUCGCUCCGGCGCUUUCCAGACCGGUUGGAAGUGGCACUCAUCCCCGCUUGGCACUGAGUCGAAUGCAGAUGUUGGAACAGUUGGUGCUCAGUCAAGGAAUAUCGAGUGACAAGCAAAGUGGGUUAGCGUGUAGGACACUGUCCGAGGCAGGUUGCUCAGGCAUCCAUCAUCCAGCGGAAUCAGUUCGAAAGGUAGCUGAACGUGUCCUGCUUUUAGUCUACAAAGUUAAUCCGAGGCUAGUCAGGAAACAGCUGCCACCGGAUGACGACAUCACCCGCAGGAAUCUUCUAUAUCGACAACUAUUCACCGAGUUCGAUAAAAUUGAUCUUCAGCGCAAAAAGGAAAUGCUAGAGAGCAAACAGUUCAGUGGUCCAACUUCCUUUGCUGGCAUAAAUUCUCCGCCGAUGUCGAACAGCUCGAAGAGCUCUCCUCCGGUUGAAGUACGCAGCAGGGCGCUUCGAUACGACAGUGCCGGAGGUGCUGGUCGGUCAAUUGUCAGUUUUUCCGACGGUACGCACUCUAGCUGGCAGUCUGAACUCAGUUCAUUGAAAUUGCAGGAUUCCAACUUGAGUCCGGUGAGACGACCCGAAUCGGCUGGAAUAAUCAAGAGCAAAAGUGGGCACGCCAUUGGUCAUCACCAUCACUGGUCCGGAGAGGAGCGCUGCGAAAGUUCCUAUUACGAGAAACCAGACUGCAACGGAAAGGACCUGGAGGUGGUAGCCAAACAAAAGCUUAGUCAACCAAGAACGAUGUUAUACGACAGCACGGUGGGGUUCUUGGAGUCCGAAAAUGGAGCCGGGUCGAGAAAAAGCUCAAACUCGGAUUCCUUCGAAGGAAGCGACAAUGAAAUUCGUUGUCCAUUUUGCGAUUGGAUAUGCCAUGGCGAUCCUUCACAGUUAGAUAAACACUAUUGGAAGUCAUGCCCAGUAUUAACAAAAUGUCCCCAGUGUAGUCAAAUAUUGGAGGUGGCAGCAGUUACAGCUCACCUAAUAAACGAGUGCGAAGCCAAAACGAGUUAUGUUACCUGUGAACGUUGUACUGAAUCUGUUCAUAAGGAUCUCUAUGAAUACCACAUGAUGGAAGAUUUUUGUCGAGAGCUUACCACCGGUGCUGCCCGAUGUCCGCUAUGUCAUGAUGACGUGCUCCUGCCUUUGGACGGUGGCUGGAAGCGUCAUCUGCUGAGCCGUUCAGGCUGUCUAGGAAACUCUCGAAGACGUGCUAAUGUUUAAUCAUGUAACCAUUGUUAGUAAAACUGGUGAGCAUAGAUUUUCGGGAUCAGCGAGCUUUUGAUGUCUUCUUUUUUGAUCUGCUAAUAGUUCCGUAAGUGGAAUAUAGAUAGAUUUUUAAAAGUUCAAGCAAAGAUCACUCAUGCACCAGCGUAGAGAAGCAAGUUCUGAAUCACAGUUUUGAAAAUUAGACGUGGCUUUACGGAAUCUCAUUAGAAAUGGUCGCUACAAAUUUAAAAGAUUACCAAUAAAUUUUCUAAUAGUACAUUUUUGACUCAUGGAACACAACAUCAAAGCUGUUUUUAAAGGAUCUGAGCUCUAGUACCAACUGUUAGUGCAAUUAAAAAAUAACUAAAUAAAUAAGCGAAAAAUUUUAAGUGAAAACAAAUAAUUCAAACCACAAUUCGAUGUACCAAAAUUUUGUUAUUGGUUUUUCAAUAGUUAUGAAUUGUUUCCUAGAAUUUGACAAUUAUUCCUCCCUUACAAACAUCCAAGUUACUCUGUCCAUAACACGAAACCGUGAAAGUAUUUCCCGUCCUCACAAGAAUUUAAUAAAUUUAACUUUUUAAAAUCCA